AGUCGGGGGCCUGCCAGGGCGCCCCUUGGGGAGAGGGCUUGGGGGAGGGGCCCGGCACGCGCGUGCGAGCCCCCCGCCCCUCCCCCCGCGGGCCUCGGUUCUAACGACCCGGUGGGUCUGGGUCGAGAGCUGAAGGGAGGGAGAAAGGUGGGAGCCCCAGCCUUCCUCACUGGCUCCCUCCCAACCCCACACCGUCCAGCCCCAUGGUCCCCGCCGCCGGCGCGCUGCUCUGGGCCCUGCUGCUGAGUCUGGGGCCCCGGGCGGCGGGGGCCGAAGGCCUGACUUCGACCGCAAUGCCGCGGGACAGUUUCCGCUUCGGGGGCCCUAUGACCCGCAGCUACAGAACCACCGCCCGGACCACUCCAGGCGUUGUAUCCCCAAGGAUGAGGGUGACAAUGGAGGAUGAGGACGACGUCGUGGCCGCUGCCGACCGCCUGGCAGGCCCGGCCGCUGCGGAGCUCUUGGCCUCUACGGUGGCCACAGGCAGCAGGUCACGAUUGUCGCAGGAGGAGGAUGGGUCUUUGGAAGAAGGGGUUGUGAUUUACGCCAGAAAGAAUGACACCGAGUCGGAGACUGACAGUACGACCCGCUUUACGCCUGGGAGGCCUAGCCCAUACCUUACAGCGAAUGACGAGGAUUCUGACAAGAUGAGUUCAAGCCUGCCUCACUCCAGCUGGAAGGCUAAUGUGGACUCACAGCCCUCUGACAGUACCGCGAACCCGUGGUCCUCAGCAGGGUCCACCCUGAACCAGUGGCCGCCUCCCUCGCCCUCGGCCAUGCCAGCUCCGGAGGAUCUGCGGCUGGUACUAUUGCCCUGGGGCCCGUGGCACUGCCACUGCAAGUCGGGCACUAUGAGCCGGACCCGGGCCGGGAGACUGCAUGGCCUUUCGGGCCGCCUGCGAGUUGGGGCGCUGAGUCAACUCCGCACCGAGCACCGGCCUUGCACCUACCACCUAUGCCCCUGCAACCGCGAGCGGGAGGAGUGCCCCCUAGACGCAGGUCUCUGUGCUGACACCCGCUGCACCACUCAGACCACCACUCAGACCACCACCAGGGCCAUCACCACCACCACCACCGCUCCCUUCCCCCCUCUAACCAGCAGACUCAGACCCGCCCCUUUUAUCCCCAGUCCCACUCCCAGCCCCCACCCAGCCUAUGCUUUUUGGAAACGGGUCAGGAUUGGGCUGGAGGAUAUUUGGAACAACCUCUCUACAAUGUUCACAGAGAUGGAACCAGUAAGUGUUUAGUGAUGAGCCAGGAUUUUUGUUAAUGAAUCUGAAAAGUCCUGAUAUACAGAAACCUGUUGCUAAACCAGCCAGCAUGUCUGCAUGAACUGUUACCUUGUUCGGUUAUUGAUUCAUAAUAUGCACUGGUUAUUCACAUUUAUUGUUAGCAAUUGAUUCCAUAUACCAUUUCUUGAGCAACUGCUGUUUGGCUAUUAGGCAACAUGUACUGUUGGUCACUAGAUGAUUAUUGACCAAACUGUUAAGAUGGUAGUUAUAUGAAGAAUUCUUGAUGUGGAGAUGAUUAAUGCAUGUGGAAGAUAUUCAUGGUUUUCAGUUUAUUAAUGCAGCUUAACAGUAACAGCCACCAAUAUCUGAGGUCUUCCUCUGUGCACUUUGCCUGGAUCAAUCCUCACAACAACCAUAUCAUAUUAUUAUUCACACCUUACAGAUGAAGAAACAGGGCUUUUAAAGCUAGUAAGUAGCAGAAUCACAGCAGGAUUUAAACUAGGUUUGUUUGACCCUAGUGCCAAUGCUCUUAACCACUACUAACCCAAAGAAUUGUCCUUCUGGGAUUCCCAGAAACUUAAGAACUCUCAAAGAAGGAUAGUCCUUUACUUUUACCAAAAGAGCUACCAAAGUUCCUGACUGACCUGAUAAAAUAUUCUCAAGGUCUCAGGAUAAUAGGUCCUUUGGGGAAAGACAAUAAAAUGUAUACUUGGUUAUUUUGUCAGUUUCUGUCCUUGUCUUUCUCCUUAUAUGUCCAAUACCAUUAUUCAAUAUAAUAAAGCAUAGUGUGCUAUAGUGUUGAGGGGAUGAGGGUUUGUGCAAAGAGGGAAAUGAGGCAAGGAAGGGAAAAGAAUAUGGAUGUGGUUAUAAUAUUUUCCCUUCUAUUUUGUUUCCUCACCCAGAUAAAGAGAAAUCAGAGGUAAUGGCCACUUCAACCACAAGAGGAGGUGUCAGCAUCUCAACCUCUCCUCCCCCUUGAACCCCGUACCCACUGGAUUUAUUUUUAGUACAGAAAAACAAAACUAGAAAAAAACUGUUUGGUCAUGUAUCUUUGUACAGAGGUACCUGAAGGAGACCAUAAAUCUCUUGAACCUUAAAACUGAACUGUGUAGCUAACAGCAUCUGACUUGGUCUCGUCCCCUCUCCUCCAGGAUAAAAAUGUUGAUAUUGCUCAUCUUCCUCACUUCUAUUUUUUAAUGUCUAUUCAUGUCCUCUAUUUUUUAAAUUUUUAUUUAUUUGACUGCGCCGGGUUUACUUGAGGCACUCAGGAUCUUUAGUUGCAGCGUGUGAACUCUUACCUGUGGCAAGGGGCCUCUGGUUCCUGACUAGAGAUGGAACCUGGGGCCCCCACGCUGGGAGCUCGGAGUCUUAGCCAUUAGACCACCAGGGAAGUCCUCAUCUUCCUCAUUUCUAAAGUUGCUUUUAAACAAGUACUUCUUUAAAGACUUGAAAAAUCUCAGAUAAAUGCCCCCCAAAAAAGGAACAGGAAGAACAAGUUGAGCCCUUGGCAGGUGAUAGUGGUCUUCUUGCCUUCACAACCCUUAGCCUUCUCUCCUCAGAAGAGGCAAGGUCAGAACACAACGCUACGACAGCCACUUUCUUGGAGCUGCCUUCAUUAACAAUGUCUACCCUCUAACCCACACA